UUUAGUAAGUAGGUAUAACUUGAAGAGUGCAAAGUAUACUGGUCUGGGAUCACAGGUGUUACCGAUAUAUAGACACCAAAAGAUAAUUUCAAACAGGUAGAUCUUGGUAGACACCAUGGUAGAUGUAUUUUCCCUUCGUCAUGGUACCCACGAUUCUGAAGAUGACGGAAGCAACCCCAAUAUCGCCAAAGCGACAGCAAUGUGCGUUCUGUUCACUUGUUCCUUUGUUCUUGGCUGUUUGCCCAUCAAACUUACCAGAUGGUUGGUUAGUAAAAGUGACAAUAAGGAUACCGCCGUUGAAAGCAACAAAUAUGUUCAAAUGUUAUUAGGUCUUGGGGGCGGUGUUCUUCUCUGUACAACUUUUCUUCAUCUGCUUCCGGAAGUCGCGGAAACAUUUGAAGAGCUAAAUUUAACACCGAAUUUGGAAAUACAUUACGCCGAACUGCUGAUGUGCAUUGGUUUCUUCAUCAUGUACUUCGUAGAAGAAUGUGUUCACGUUUAUUUGCACAGAAAAGAAGCUGAAGCUCUCACUUCACCUUUGAUAAGGACACUUUCUGUACGUCGCGGAGAUACCCCACGGUGCUCUGCGCACAUCGAACCUAUCAAGGAGGUUAUUGUAGAAGCUCACAUUCACAAUCACACGGCACACUCUCACAAGCACACCCACGUAGUCGCAAUCGAAGUGGAUUCCACAGUUAAGGCCAUUCGAGGUUUGCUAGUAGUGUUGGCCUUAUCCGUUCACGAACUAUUCGAAGGAUUGUCCGUGGGACUAGAAUCCAGCGCUGGAAACGUGUGGUACAUGUUCGGAGCAGUAGCCGCUCACAAGCUAGUGAUCGCUUUUUGUAUAGGAGUCGAACUGGUCACGACCAACAUGAAAACAUACCUUAUCGUGAUCUAUGUUUUUACGUUUGCGGUAGUGAGUCCCAUGGGAAUAGGUAUUGGAAUGGCAAUUAGCAACUUAGAAGAAAACUCCUCUGACGUGGUGUCGGUGUUUUUGCAAGGACUUGCUUCCGGCACAUUGUUAUACGUUGUGUUUUUUGAAAUCUUACAAAACGAAAGAAAAACUGGAUUGAGGCAGUAUUUCUCGAUACUGUUUGGGUUUGUUUGUAUGUUUGGAAUAACAAUUUUGGGAUAGUGUACCUAAUUCAACCCUAUAUUUUGAAACAAACCAAAGAUGUGAUUUCAAUUAAUAUUGAUUCCAAAUCUGUGACUAUGAUAAUUUAUAUCAAGAUUUUGAAUUAUAUUAUUUGAAAUUAGGCUCAUUUGAGUUUUAAUAAUGUUUACACAAUACACUUUUUUUUCUUAUACAACUUGUUUUCUGUUUUACACCUAAUUAGUUUUGUUUAGCAAAACCGACAUGCUUAAUAAUAAUUGUUUGGAUUAUUCAGAUUUGGAUUUGGAGCUAACGUCAAACACCUAUAUCAAAAUACAAUUAAGUAUAUAAGACAUAUAACUGUAUCAGUUAAAUCAACGUAAUACAUAUUGUAUUUAACAGUGGA